AUGUUCCUCAGCGGGACGCCGGCGGUGGUCAACCCCCUUCUCGAUGAACAUGGUGACGCCGUGGAAGUGGCGGAGGAUCUGGAGCUCGAUGUUGCGCGCCCGAGCUGCGUGGUGCCCCGGAACAAGGGCGGGGAGCCAGCCCACGAUGACUUUCAUGCAGUGGACUGGUUCGCAUUCAUGCUCAUCACGGCAAGCUUCAUGAUCUGCGUCGUGUUCCUACAUGACGUAGGCGGCAUUGUUGUGCACCUGGCCCCAGGAGAGGGUGAUGGGGUUGAGAAAGAGAGGGGACAGCACUGA